ACUUCAGUUCUCCACAAUGUCCAUAGCCAGUAACCGUCAGAAAAUGGCAGAAGCCACGGGCUACCGUACGCUCCGGCUUGACGAUCUGAGUUUGUUUAUUUCUGCCUUGGACAUGAGCCCGGGACCUUGAAUGGGAGUCACGCUGUGCUUUCUCGGCGCUCGGCUGCGGCGCCUUGAACGAUGGUUCGCGCGCUCGUCCUUUGAUGUCUGGGGCGCUCGCGCACUCGGUGAUCUCUUGCGCCGUCUUCUCGCUUGAUGUCUCCGGAGCCGCGGCGGCGGCGGCGCCAGGUCCCGGGGCUGAGGGCUCGGCCAGGCCGCGGGCGCAGGUCCCCUCCUCCCGCCGGCCCGUGGCGCCGACCCCCGUCCUGCCUGCCGGCUGCCUGCUGGCUGCGCUCUGGGAGCUCCGGCCGUCCGCCCGGCAGCAGAUCGAGCCCGCUCGGCCCGCCUGUGGCAGCUUCCUGCUUAUGGCCUGGGAAAGCAGUAGAGGAUGGCCCAAAGCCCCAUGUGGGAGACUCGGAGCAGGCUACUAGCUCCUGGCUUUGGAUGGGCUCAGAUCCAGCCGUAGCAACCAUUUUGGGAGUGAACCAGUGGAUGGAAGAUCUGUCUCUCCGCUAUUUCCAUAAAGACAACUUAUAAGGACCUGAAUGGCCUCAUAUUAGUUGCUUCCGGCUGUGGAGCUGUUACUUGCUCCUAAAUUUUCUGCGCCUGGUGGGACAGUGGCUACUAAGCGUCAUGAAGGUUAUCCCAGAGAAGAAUGCUGUCCGGAUCCUCUGGGGACGAGAACGGGGCACUCGGGCCAUGGGAGCUCAGCGGCUUCUGCAGGAACUGGUUGAAGAUAAAACCCGUUGGAUGAAAUGGGAAGGCAAGAGAGUAGAGCUGCCCGAUAGUCCACGUUCUACAUUUUUACUGGCCUUCAGCCCAGACAGGACUCUCUUGGCCUCUACUCAUGUGAACCAUAAUAUCUACAUUACGGAAGUGAAGACUGGCAAAUGUGUUCAUUCUCUGAUCGGGCAUCGCCGUACUCCAUGGUGUGUCACGUUUCAUCCCACCAUCUCAGGCCUUAUUGCUUCCGGCUGCCUUGAUGGGGAGGUUAGGAUUUGGGAUUUACACGGUGGCAGUGAAAGCUGGUUCACAGACAGCAACAAUGCCAUUGCUUCCCUGGCUUUCCAUCCCACGGCUCAGCUCCUUCUGAUUGCCACUGCCAAUGAAAUCCACUUCUGGGAUUGGAGUCGACGGGAACCAUUUGCAGUGGUGAAGACAGCUAGUGAGAUGGAACGGGUCCGUCUGGUGAGAUUUGAUCCACUCGGACACUACUUACUCACAGCAAUUGUUAACCCCUCUAAUCAGCAGGGUGAUGAUGAGCCAGAAAUCCCCAUGGAUGGAACAGAAUUAUCCCACUACCGUCAGCGUGCCCUCCUGCAGUCACAACCAGUUCGCCGGACGCCUCUCCUCCACAAUUUCCUGCACAUGCUGUCCUCUCGCUCUUCUGGCAUCCAGGUGGGAGAGCAAAGUGCAGUGCAAGAUCCUGCAACCCCCUCACCCCCACCGCCUCCCCCUCAGUCCUCCACGGAGCAUCCCAGGACUUCCGCUUACAUCCGGCUCCGCCAGCGGGUCAGUUACCCCACAGCUGAGUGUUGCCAGCACCUCGGGAUCCUGUGCCUUUGCAGCCGCUGCUCUGGCACUCGAGUUCCUUCCCUCUUGCCACACCAGGACAGUGUCCCCCCUGCUUCUGCCAGGGCUACUACCCCUUCCUUUUCUUUUGUACAGACCGAGCCCUUCCACCCCCCGGAGCAGGCCUCGUCAGCGCAGCAGGACCAGGGCCUCCUGACCCGGCCGUCUGCCUUCAGUACAGUCCAGAGCAGCACUGCCGGCAACACGCUCCGCAACCUCAGUCUGGGUCCCACCCGGCGCUCUCUGGGAGGCCCUCUAUCCAGCCACCCAUCUAGGUACCACCGAGAACUAGCCCCUGGGCUGACUGGAUCGGAGUGGACCCGGACAGUCCUCAGUCUGAACUCCCGCCCUGAGGCGGAGUCCAUGCCACCGCCCAGGACCAGUGCCUCCUCGGUGAGUUUGCUGUCUGUGCUGAGACAGCAGGAAGGUGGCUCGCAGGCAUCCGUGUACACUUCUGCCACGGAAGGGAGGGGCUUUCCAGCUGCAGGCUUGGCAGCGGAGUCUGAUGGAGCGAGUGGCUCCAACCAGAACAACUCAGGCAGCAUUCGUCACGAGCUUCAGUGUGAUUUGCGACGCUUCUUUUUGGAGUAUGACCGACUUCAGGAACUGGAUCCGAACCUCGGGGGGGAGGCGCCCCAGAACCAGCAGGCCCAGGAGAUGCUCAACAAUAACAUUGAAUCCGAAAGGCCAGGCCCUUCCCACCAGCCCACCCCUCACAGCAGCGAGAACAACUCCAACCUGUCUCGUGGCCACCUGAAUCGCUGCCGUGCUUGCCACAACCUCCUGACCUUCAACAACGAUACCUUGCGCUGGGAAAGAACCACACCCAACUACUCCUCUGGGGAGGCCAAUUCCUCGUGGCAGGUCCCCAGUACCUUUGAGGGUCUGCCGUCGAGUGGCAGCCAGUUGCCACCUCUCGAGCGGACUGAGGGCCAGACGCCCAGCUCCAGCAGGCUGGAGUUGAGUAGCUCUGCUAGUCCGCAGGAAGAGAGGACUGUGGGGGUGGCCUUUAACCAGGAGACAGGCCACUGGGAAAGAAUUUACACCCAGUCCAGCAGAUCUGGAACUGUAUCACAGGAGGCCUUACAUCAGGAUAUGCCUGAGGAAAGUUCUGAGGAAGAUUCCCUCAGGAGGAGGCUGCUGGAGUCUUCCCUCAUUUCAUUAUCCCGUUAUGAUGGAGCAGGAUCCAGAGAGCACCCAAUUUACCCAGACCCAGCGAGGUUAUCUCCUGCUGCCUACUACGCCCAGAGAAUGAUCCAGUACCUUUCUCGGAGAGACAGUAUUCGCCAGCGCUCCAUGCGCUACCAACAGAACCGUCUCCGUUCUUCCACCUCCUCCUCCUCUUCUGCAGACAACCAGGGGCCGUCAGGAGAGGGAACCGACUUGGAAUUUGAGGACUUUGAAGACAGUGGUGACAGAUCCAGGCACCGAGCUCCACGUAAUGCCCGGAUGUCUGCUCCUUCUCUUGGACGCUUUGUCCCAAGGCGUUUCCUGCUGCCUGAAUACUUGCCUUAUGCUGGGAUUUUUCAUGAACGUGGACAGCCUGGCCUGGCUACUCAUUCUUCUGUUAACAGGGUCCUGGCAGGUGCAGUGAUUGGUGAUGGUCAGUCUGCUGUAGCCAGUAACAUUGCCAAUACUACCUACCGGCUCCAGUGGUGGGAUUUCACCAAGUUUGACCUUCCAGAAAUCAGUAAUGCCUCCGUGAAUGUGUUGGUGCAAAACUGCAAGAUCUACAAUGAUGCCAGCUGUGAUAUUUCUGCAGAUGGCCAGCUCCUGGCAGCCUUCAUUCCGAGCAGCCAGAGGGGCUUUCCUGAUGAAGGCAUCCUAGCCGUGUACUCCCUGGCCCCCCAUAACCUGGGCGAAAUGCUCUACACCAAACGUUUCGGUCCCAAUGCCAUCUCGGUGAGUCUGUCCCCCAUGGGCCGAUAUGUAAUGGUGGGCUUAGCCUCCCGAAGGAUCCUGCUGCACCCAUCCACAGAGCACAUGGUGGCCCAGGUCUUCCGGCUGCAACAGGCCCAUGGGGGCGAGACCUCCAUGAGGAGAGUUUUCAACGUCCUUUACCCCAUGCCUGCUGACCAGCGGAGACAUGUCAGCAUCAACUCGGCCCGCUGGCUGCCAGAGCCAGGGCUUGGGCUGGCCUACGGUACCAACAAAGGAGACCUGGUGAUCUGCCGACCAGAGGCCUUAAACUCUGGGGUUGAGUACUACUGGGACCAGCUGAAUGAGACAGUUUUCACCGUGCACUCCAGCAGCAGGAGCAGCGAGCGGCCUGGAACCAGCAGAGCCACCUGGAGGACGGACAGAGACAUGGGUCUGAUGAAUGCCAUCGGGCUGCAACCCCGGAACCCCACCACCUCAGUGACUUCUCAGGGCACUCAGACCCUGGCCCUGCAGCUGCAGAAUGCGGAGACCCAGACCGAGGGGGAUGCGCAGGAGCCGACGACCUCUGCCUCAGGGCCCGACGAAGGUGAGGGCUCCGAAUACGGUGCGAGUGGGGAAGAUGCCCUGAGCAGGAUCCAGCGGCUGAUGGCUGAAGGGGGCAUGACGGCUGUGGUGCAGCGGGAACAGAGCACCACCAUGGCCUCCAUGGGCGGCUUUGGCAACAACAUCAUCGUCAGCCACCGCAUCCACCGCAGCUCUCAGACAGGCACUGAGCCUGGUGCCGCCCGCACUUCCUCGCCCCAACCCUCCACCUCUCGGGGACUGCUCCCAGAACCUAGCCAGCUGGCAGAGCGAGGCCUGAGCCCCCGGACAGCCGCCUGGGACCAGCCUGGUAGCCCUGGGCAGGAGCCAUCCCAGCCAACCCUACCCACUUCCUCUCCUGUCCCUACCCUGGUCCCCCUUCCCAACCCUGAGGGAGCAAACCUGCACUGCGACCUGAGCAGUAACGGCCACCUUCCUGACAGGGGCAACAGCAGCAGAGGGGAAGCUGCAGGCCCCAGUGGGGAGCCCCGGAACAGGUAGAGAGCAUACUGUGUGCCCUGGGGCCUCCCCGCGAGCCGCUGAGCAGAAGCGGACCUCACAGCUCACUGGGAACUGUGCACGCGCAAGAGCUGCUGGCUGCAUCCGGGACAGGAGUUGGGUGGGGUCUGGAGGAGUCGUUGGGAGUGGGCAAGUGGUGGUCGAAUGGGUGAGGCUUGCCUCAGGGAGGGCUAGAACAUUCCAGGAUUUGGAGCCUAGGAGAACUCCAUUGCUGGGCCCCUUGUGAGUGGAGGAGCAGGUGGGUGUCUGCUGUGAACCUUCCACCCCCUCCCUGGCUUGGGAGAGCUGGCUCCCGGCCAGAGCAUCCCAGUGUGAACUGUCUUCCAGACCUGGACACACUCUCCUGGGUAUAGGCCCACAGGCCAGCUUGGCCUCACCCACCUGCUGGGUGGGAAGCACCCCCAGGAGCCCGGCCCUGGAAACCACCACCAUCUCUGAGCCUUCCAGAGCUCCAGCCCCCUCAUCCUCUCAGCCCCCAGACCCCCUUCAGGGAGUCAGGUGAGGACUUGCUGCACUUGCAGUAGGAGAGAGCCAUGAGCGGGCUGGGCAACCUGCUAGCCUGUUACAGGGUGGGGGUGUUGGCUGGCCCGCCCCCAGGGCCCUCAGAGCAGCACCUGAGGGUGUCAGUGUUACCUGAGCUGAGGCCAACGCGAGCCCCAGGCUGGGGAGGGGGGGACUGCAGGUGGGAAUGCCAGGUCUCGGUCUGUGAUUUAAGGUGUUGCAUGUGGAAUCCUGAACUGUACGUGUAGUUUCUAGUGGCAAAAUCAAGACUCUGAUCAUUUUGUUUUUCGUAUGAAAAUGUGAUUUUCUUUCUGUCACUCAUCAUAGAGACAUUUGUGGUGGGAGGAGAGGGGAUAGUCUACUGCUAAUGAGGGAGACACCAAAGAACCACACUAUUAAAAUGAUGAAUGCCCCUC